CAACGUUGCAUCCGGGGUGUUACUCACCUAACCUAACAUUCGGAUCAAAAUACUUUGCUUGUUUGCAAAUUUGUGUAACCUUUAUGAUCUGCGAUUUGUGUUAUCUAAAAUGAGUGACCCCGGCAACGAUAGAAAUUUGACCUCAAGUCCAGUGUCUUCGCAAUCAGUUGAAGAAAGUGACUCACUGUUGCCAUCCAGUCUCGCUGCAGAGGAACUAAAAUUGGCACUAAACAAAGAAGCAACGUCGGAAGAACUUCUAAAUGCAAUAAAUAGAUGCAAAGAUUUAGUUUUAGAGAGUGACCAGUGUUCGGUGGAACGAAAAUGGUUGGUGAGACAUUUAAUUGAACUUCGAUUAAGACUGCAAGAAUGUAAAGAAGCCAUGGAGGAUCCAAAGCAUCCUCGUAAUAAAACAAGUGGUGUUUCCAGAAGAACAGUCAAAGGUCACCACUUAAAUCUUCAACCAUUAUUAAGAAAUACAACUUCAAAAUAUUGUGAUCAUUGUACAGGAACAAUAUGGGGUGUAGUGCAAGCCUGGUUUGAAUGUGAGGAUUGUGGUUACUCAUGUCAUCAUAAAUGCAUGGCCUCCAUAGUAAGAGAAUGUGCCCAUGUGGUUGUUACAGAAAGAGGGACAUAUGAACUACAAAUAUGCCCUGAAAAUGGGUUAUCAUAUCAAAAAUACAUGUGUGCUGAAUGCAAAACCCCAUUGCCAUUGGAUAGAGAAUGGUCAGAGGCGCGCCUAUGUGACUAUUCAGGUCUCUAUUACUGCUCAGCUUGCCACUGGGGCAGUUUGGCAGUGGUGCCAGCCAGGGUAGUUUAUAACUGGGACUUGACUCCUUACCCAGUAAGUCAAGCCAGCCUACAAGAAAUUUGCUUGAGCACAAACAGACCCUUAUUGAAUCUAGAAAAACUGAACCCAAAAUUAUUUACUCUUGUAAUCGAAUUGAAUCUUGUGAAAAGGUUAAGGGAAGAAUUGGUUGGCAUGAGAAAAUAUCUUUUGGUUUGUAGAAGCGCGUCAGAAGAUCAUUUAUUGUGGAAACACGUAGACACUCCGCAUUUAAUUGACUCUGUGGAGAUGUAUAGUUUACAAGACCUGGUUGAUACACAUUCAGGAGAACUUCUUACAAAACUAAGUAAUUUAAUUGAAGUAUUUUCAAAACAUAUAAAAAAAGAUUGCAAAAUUUGCCAAGGUAGAGGACACAUUUGCGAAAUUUGUCACAAUGAAGAAAUUUUAUAUCCUUUUGACGCGAUUGCAUAUGUUUGUGAUGACUGCAAAACUGUUCUACACAAACAUUGUUUUUCAAGAAACAAUGUUAAUCUAGCUUGUCCAAAGUGUCUUAGAAUUAAGUCAAGAACUUUGUUACAAGAAGGUGAACCAAUUAAAAACACUCUGUGAUAAGUAUGUAUUUUAACUGUAAUGUUUUACUUGUUUAAUUUAUUUUAUGUUCUUAAUAGACAAUAAAUUUUAAUAUUUUGU